AUGACUGUUACAAAGCAAUUUAAAAUUCUCGCGCAAGCUCGGUUUGAUCUUAACCGCAAAAUCCAUAUGAUUCAGAGAAAUAUCCAAGAAUUACGAGAACAAGGAGAUCAGGUUUGCUCGAAAUGUAAUUCAUUUUUCGUUAAUGUGAAAAUAUAUCUCAAACGUCUGGCAGGUCUUCUCACAAACUGUCCAACUCAGGAUUCACUAAUAUUGUAAUAAUUGUUCUUGUUUUCUUCGAACGCACGUGUAAGAAGUCAGCUGCCACACCUGAGUUCAACUACAUGAACCACCAGACCAACCUCGUACCCAGAGCUUUUUGCCUGUGAUCGUGCUACCAAACGACACUGUCAUCAUUGGUUUACGGCUUGAAUUAUACUUCUCCAAGUGAAUAUUGUGGGACGAUAUAAAGACAGAGUGAAUCGACAUGGCAUGAUAGGAUUGAUAGCAUAAUCACUAUUAUUUUGGCUUAUUUAUCAACAAUUUUUUGAUUUUCACAUCAAAGUCUUUACAUUUGGAUUUCUAAGGUCUCUGUAACACUAUUUCCUGCAUUUUGGGGAGGUAAUUUUUACCUUAGAUUUUGCCUAUAAUUAGAAAACUGCACCUUCAAUCCAGAAAAGGAGGGCACUUUCAUGAAGGAAAGGGCCAAUUCAAUAGACAUUUCCAGUAAUUACGUUGACGAUUAACACUGUUUUCAACUUAGGACCAUCUUAAAUGGAAUGGAUUUUAAGUUUGUUUCUCACGGGCUACAUGCAUAAAAUGGAUUUGACUCAAUUAAAUGUGGAAAUUAGCUUAAACACGAAAAUGAGGCUGAGGGCCAAGAGGGGUCCCUCAGCCUCUUAUUUCCACAUUUAAUAUUCAAAAUCCAAAAUUAUUUUUUAUGCAUGUGUUGACGAAGGAUGUUCUGCUUCUCUGACCACUAUGAAAUCUAUUCCAUUUAAGGUGGUUCUAUGUUGAAAACAGUGUAGUUGUGACGUAAUUACCGGAAAGGUCUAUUGGAGCGGGCACCAUUGGCGCCAUCUUAAAUUCACUGACUGGCAGGAUAAUCAUUGAUCUAAUGCGCAUACCUAAAAACCGAGGAACCGCUCAUGUAUUAAAUAGUUAUGCACAGGAGACUAUGCGUACUCAUUGGCCUCUUCGCCGAUAUUAUUGUACUAAGCUAGAGAAGCGUGUUUUUAAUACUGUAAAUUGUAUGCCACUUAAUUUUCUUCCUAGUGAUGUUAUUGAGCUUUGAUAGUCUUAAUUCAUUACUACUCAAAGACUUGCACUAGCCUACCGCUCCUAUGCUGCUAUGGAUUGUAGUAUGAGUAGCGCAACGUAUGACUUCUUUUUAUCUCCGUACAAAGUGUAAUUCGCUUUUACUGCGCAAAUCCAUUUCGCUAUACGUUACGUUACGUACCUCGAUUUGCCCGAGAAAAGGCGUCUGUGAAAUCAGGUUUUCGGUAAGGUGCUGCCUAUAGAUAUAGUAUACUGCUUCUAGUUUCAAUGCUAAACUGAAUAAUUUCUUUAAAUUUUAUUACCAAAAUCACUUUAAAUUUCCUUGGAUAUUGAACCGGCAAUGUUUAACUAAAAUUAAAACGGAGGAUGCAUGGCUUCUUUCGCAAAAGUUUCACAAAGACCAAUUUGAAGUUUCACAAAUUAAGAAGGGUUCACGCCAAGACAAAGAUAGGUAUAGACCAAUCUCUGUAUUGUCAGUACUGUCAAAAAUCGUGGAACGCUAUUACGGAUUACAUCUCAUAAGCUAUCUUAACGAAUACAACUUACUUACAAGCUCACAAUUUGGAUCACGGCCCCUUCAUUCCUGUGAAACAAUGUUACUGCAACUUACAAACACGUUACUUCAUAGCAUGGACAAAGGUGAACUAAGUGGAAUACUUUUAGUAGAUUUCCGGAAAGCUUUUGACCUGAUAAACCAUGAACUUCGAAAUUCUCCUACAGAAACUUGCUAUCUACGGACUUAAAGACGCAACACUACAAUGGUUCGGCAGAACGCAAACAACUCGUCUCAAUUGGCCACUCAACCUCAGAUCUCUUACCAGUUCGCAGUGGCGUCCCGCAAGGUUCAUCUCUUGGGCCUCUCCUCUUCAUCCUAUUUAUCAAUGACAUCCCUCUUGCAAAUACUCAAUGCAUUUCCUACAUCUAUGUUGAUGACACUACUUUAGCCAAUUCUGGACCAACAAUCAAUACGGUACGAACACACUUGCAAGUCUGGAGCUGACAACCUCGCUACCUGGGCAUCUGAGAAUAGAAUGGCAAUACAUCCUGACACUAAGACCAAAGUUAUGCUAGUUGGAACGAAGAGAAAACUCGCGACCAUAGCUGAGCCUCUUAACAUCUCCAUUUGUGGCACCACCCUAUCCCAAUCAUCUUCCGGAAAACUUCUUGGAAUACACAUGGAUGAUUGCCUAAGUUGGAAUGAACACAUCUCUGCUGUUAUAAAGAAAUUCAACACCAAACUAUAG